AUGUCUCCAGACGAAAUAGAGGAGCUCGAGCGACCGGGAUCGAUCAUGAAGGUCGAUCCUGAAAAGCUGUCCCUUGAGCUGACAUCUGAGACUGGAUGCGGUCCGCGUACGGACGACAGUGAGAAAGGUCCUCCUGGUGGCAUUGUUCAACGAAUAACAGCAGUGCUCGUGCAAUGGGGAGUCGAAACUAACGGUAUUGUACCCAUACCUGAAGAGGGACGGACGGACCCACGUCUUUACCAAAUUUUCUUCGUAUGGUUUUCGGCGAACGCGAAUGUCUUGACAAUGGCUGUUGGUACCGUUGGCCCAGCGUUCUAUGGGCUAGGCAUCAGAGAUUCUUUUCUAGUAAUAUUAGUUGUGGACGUUGUGACAAGCGCAAUUCCAGCAUACUUUGCCGUAUUCGGACCCAAACUCGGGACGAGAGGCAUGGUACAAUCCCGAUUCUCCUGGGGUUAUUACGGAGCAAGUAUCCCGAGUAUACUCAAUAUUGUGUCGUUGCAAGGGUAUCUGAUUUUGAAUACCAUUAUCGGAGGACAGACACUGGGGAGUAUCUCGGCGCACUUAGGUGCAUCCCUUGGUAUUGUCAUCAUAGGCAUCACAACCUUAGUGGUCGUUUUCAGUGGCUACCGUGUACUGCACUGGUAUGAAACAUAUGUAUGGAUACCAAACGUAGUAGCUUUGAUUGUCAUGCUUGGCGUCAGUGGAAAACAUCUUGUCAAUGCACCUCUAUCGAGUCCAUUCCCCACCAGUGCCUCCGCAAUGAUGACAUUUGGUGCGACCCUUGCUGCGACGGUGGUCAGCUACGCGCCCCUCACACCCGAUUACGGCGUGUAUCACGAUCACAAGGCCAGCACAGGACGAAUAUUCGCAUACGCCUACCUUGGACUUCUCGUUUCGAGCCUUCCCGUACAUUUGCUGGGUGCCGCUUUCGCCGCGACGGCGCUCUACGUGCCCUCCUGGCAAGCGGGUCUCGGAAAUGGCAAUAAUAUCGGUGGCCUCAUCGCGGCUGUUCUGAGUCCUGCGGGAGGAUUUGGCAAAUUUCUUCUAGUUCCACUGUCCUUGACGGCUCCGAGUCAGUGCGCUCCAGCAAUGUACACAGCGUGUACGAGCCUCAUGACUGUAUCUGCGAGGUUUGCGCGUAUACCAAGAUACGUGCUGGCCAUGAUAUCAACCGCAAUACUGAUACCCGUUGCAAUAGUCGGCUCUACCACAUUUUACGCAAUAUUCUCCGACAUCUUAGGCUUCAUUGGAUAUUGGAUCGCGCCGUUUUGCGCGAUCGUCCUCACGGAACAUUUCAUGUACCGCCGGAACCUGUGGACGUCGUAUCAUGUUCUCGAGGCAUGGGACCUCCCAAGCCAUCCCAAUCUCCCACGGGGAUUUGCUGCGCUAUCAACUUUCGUCAUCACGAUCGGUUUCAUUGUUUUGUGCAUGGAACAAGAGUGGUGGACGGGCCCCAUCGCACGCUCGGGGACAGGUGACGUAGGCAUGCUGCUCGGGUUUGUGGUUGGAGUGAUCGUAUAUGGGUGUGCGAGGGCAUUGGAGAGAAAAUGGGAAAACAGGAAUGGAGUAAUCUGGUGA